ACAAAUUUCUCAGUGAACGAAAUUGUUUCUAACCCGGUAUCCGAGAUUACAGUAGACGACUUGAGAGUGUCUUGUAUCCUGCCAGCUGGUGACGUGUGGCCGCGUGUCCUCCUCACACUACACUCCUCCUCUCACCAUGGCCAAUGAAAACAAUGAGAACUCCGAGGAUGGACCAAGCAAGAAAGCCCUGAAGAAGGCACAGAAAGCUGCUGAGAAAGCAGCAAAGAAAGCUGAAUAUAAAGCUCAAAAUGUCACACAGAGUGAUACCAUCCAAGAUGGGGCAGAAGUUGACUGUUCACUGGGUCUGUAUGGAAAUCUGACUAUGAAUAGGAGUCAAGAGAAAUUACCAGUUAAACAUACAGAGCUAAAGGAUCUUGAUACAAAUUUAGCCAAUCAAAAUGUCACGCUUCGAGCUCGACUUCAUACGAGUCGGGGGAAAGGAAAGCAAGCAUUUUUUGUGUUGAGAAGCAGAGAGCAUACUGUUCAGUGUUUGAUAGCUGUUGGUGAAAUGGUAUCCAAACAAAUGAUCAAAUUUGUUUGCAAUAUUGCCAAGGAAAGCAUUAUUGACGUGGAAGGCAAGGUUGUGAUGGCAGGAAAUAAAGUUGAGUCUUGUAGUAUACAGGAUGUUGAAAUUUAUGCUACCAAGGUGUUUGUUGUCUCGGCUUCUGCACAACGACUACCAUUGCAGAUAGAAGAUGCUAUGCGACCAGAAGGAGAUGAUCCAGAUGGCAUACAAAUCAAGGUAAAUCAGGACACUAGAUUAGACAAUCGUGUUUUGGAUCUGCGGACACCUACCAAUCAAGCAAUCUUUAGGCUGGAAGCAGGAGUUUGCCAUCUGUUCAGGGAAGCACUCAAGAUGCGUGGUUUUACUGAAAUCAUGUGUCCCAAGCUCAUCUCUUCUGCAUCAGAAGGUGGAGCAAAUGUGUUUGGCAUGAAAUAUUUUGAUAAAGAAGCUUUUCUGGCUCAGAGUCCUCAGUUGUACAAGCAAAUGGCUAUUGCUGCUGAUUUUGGCAAAGUUUUCACCAUUGGUCCAGUUUUCAGAGCUGAGAACUCAAAUACUCAUAGGCAUCUAACUGAAUUUGUUGGACUAGAUUUGGAGAUGGCAUUUACCCACCAUUACCAUGAAGUUAUGACUGUUAUUGGUAGUAUGUUCACAGAGAUUUUUAGAGGACUUCGAGACAAUUAUGCCGAUGAGAUUGCUACAGUGAACAAUCAGUUCCCAGCUGAGCCUUUUAAGUUUUUAGAUCCACCAUUAUGUCUAGAGUACAAGGAAGGAGUGGCUAUGUUGAAAGAGGCAGGAAUAGAGAUGGAUGAAACUGAAGACUUAAGUACACCAAAUGAGAAAUUGUUAGGGCGAUUGGUUAAGGCCAAGUAUGAUACAGAUUUUUAUAUCUUAGACAAGUUUCCUCUGAGUGUAAGGCCAUUUUAUACCAUGCCCGAUCCCAGCAAUCCAAAAUGGAGUAACUCUUAUGACAUGUUCAUGCGUGGGGAAGAGAUCUUAUCAGGUGCUCAGCGAAUUCAUGAUGCCGAUUUCUUGGUGGAGAGAGCCAAAAUUCAUGAAAUUCCAAUUGACACUAUUCAGUCCUAUGUAGAUUCUUUCAAAUAUGGUUGCCCACCUCAUGCUGGUGGAGGGAUUGGUUUGGAGAGAGUGACUAUGCUGUACCUGGGCCUGGACAACAUACGCAAAACAUCCAUGUUUCCCCGAGAUCCGAAGAGAAUCACACCCUAGUGACUGCAGUUUCCAGUAGUGUUUGGACAAUUUUUAAAUGUUCACGACUGUUAACUCAAGAAAUAAAAUUAAAAAAAAAA